CGACUAUCCAUCAGGCAGGGAUGCUUCGCGGAGUGAUUAUACGCCGCCACAUGUCAAUCUUUGGCUAGUUUAAUGGGGUCCUAGCAGGGGUAUGAGGCAGGGGACAUGGGAUGGUAUCCAAAACUCAAAUCAAACCAGUGUCAGUCCCUAUCUCUCUUCCUGUCACUUUUAUUGACAUCCACCCCCCAGUAUGCGUUUCCAUCGAGCGCUAGCGGCCAUAUCCGUGCUUGGCCAAUUGAGUCGGGUAUUGGCGUCUCCAAUCUUGGACACUGACGACGCCCAGAAGCCGCUCCUGCAGGCUGCUGGCGACGCUAAGUUCACGCUCUAUGAGCAGAGUGAGGAUAUCUGCGAUGCUGGUAGUCGUCAAUGGACUGGAUGGGUCAAUGUUUCUGAUGAGAAGAAACUAUUUUUCUGGUUCUUCGAGAGUCGUGACAAGCCCACGGAAGACCCGAUUGUAGUUUGGCUAAAUGGUGGCCCUGGAGGAUCGAGUCUCAUGGGUUUGUUCACCGAGAUUGGACCAUGUCUGACCAAUGAAGGAAACAAUGACACCUUUCGCAACGAGCAUAGCUGGACUAACUUCGCCAACAUGCUAUUCAUUGACCAACCCGCUGGCGUGGGAUUUUCCUCUAUCAACAACGGCACCGCCGGGGGACCCAACACCAUCAAGGAAGCAGUCGUCGACUUUGACAAAUUCCUCUCCGUCUUCUUCACCGAGGUAUUUCCCCAGUUCUCCCACCUCUCUUUCCACGUAGCCGGGGAGUCCUUUGCAGGGACCUACCUUCCCGCCUUCGUCAGCUACAUCAGCCGACGGCAACAGCUCGGCGUGCCCGAUGUGUCUCAGGUGCCCAUCCAAUCCAUCACGCUAGUCGAUGCCGUCAUUGACGUCGUCGGAUCCGGCGCCCUGGGUUCGUAUGACCACAUGUGCCGCUUCGACGAGCACGGAAAGAACAAAAUACCGCACGGAUACAACGCCACGGUAUGCCGUGCUAUCGAGAAGGCCGUGCCGGAAUGCGAGCGCCUUAAUCGCCAUUGCAUAGAAACUUACGACAGAGAGAUAUGCAUGGCUGCGGCUGCUUACUGCCAGGAACACAUCGAGAAGUAUUUGGAGGUUGGUGUCGGGGCACACAAUCCGUAUGAUGAUCGAUACAUGUGCAAUGGGACGACGCCUCUUUGCGGCAUCGAUACGUAUUUUGGUCGGUAUCUCAACCAACCCAAAGUCCAGGAGGCUUUGGGCUUUGGGUUACACCGAGAGUGGAAUUACACGCCGAUUAAUUACGAGAUGAAUGACCGGUGGCACGAGAGUCGAGAUAUGUAUAUGCCCACCACGCGGGAGUUAACGUGGAUUUUGGAUGAGACGGAAACGAAGGUGUUGGUUAUGAAUGGAAAUAAUGAUAUUAUCGUGAACACCGAAGGCCAGAAGCGCGUCUACGAUAAUCAGCCGUGGAACCACCAGGCCAAGUAUCGGCUUGAGAAAUUUGCUGAUUGGCAGUGGCCAGAUGAGAAAAGAAAUAUGAAUAGAGGCGGUGAAUUUAAAGUUGUGGACAAGCUGGGGUUUACGAGUAUUGAUGAGGCAGGUCAUACGUCACCGGGGGAUCAGAAGGUGGUGGCUGCUUUUAUCAUGGAGUGUUGGCUGAGGGAUGGGGGACGUGAAGCUUGUCCGUUUGGGUUUGGUACGAAGGAGAUUCUUAAAUAAUGUAGGGCGUGGAAUUUCUUUGAUGGGGAUGCAUGUGGAUAUAAGAGGGGGAAGGUGGAAUUAAGAUGGUAAUAUGAAUGAUGUUUUCACUGCCCACCAGCAGCCCAUUUUGUUACACCUUAUGUACACACAAGAAACACGUCAUGUGCACUUAUGUAAACAUGAGGGUAGCUCUUUAGGUAGCCUUGAGAAGACAAAACACC